AUGGAGCAAGAUCCUUCGCUAUCUUGGUCGAGUAUACCUCCUCCCGCUGAAGAUGAAUUUACCAACUUCCUCGAGUUUGGCAUGCCAUUUCCCGAUCUAGAUGGGCACGGACCGACCGAUCAUCUCCCUGCUCGCUCCGUCGCUCACCAAGUUGCCAUGGUCACUGCUACCACCACCGCGACCAGCACUCCUCCCCAAGAACAACAAAUGGCGUGCAUGGAUACAGACAGUGUCGCUGCCCAGUCGCAGUCGUACUCCCGCAUUAUGGGUGAUUUCUCCGUCAAUCUCUCAAAUCAUGGCCCACAAGGCAUCCCACAUGGCUCGUCCUACUCGAGUGGUCCAAUGACUCCAGCAUAUUACGCACAGAAGCCUCAAAUGUUUCACCCCUCGCAACAGCAAGCGCAGCAUCAGCAGCAUCAGCAGCAGCAACCUCAGCCUACCUCGCAAUCGUACGUCCCCCAGGGCCAGAUGAUGAUCCCCCCGACUCCCAACAGCAUCGAACUCCAGGGCAGCGCAGCCACGUACCCCCAGAGAGUAGAGGAGAACCAUGAAUUAUACGACCGAUAUUCCCGCAUAAAUGAUGAGCAGGCUCUCUACACCCCCCUUGUUUCCCCCGCGAUGACCCCAUUAGAAUCCCAAUUUCGACUACCGGAAUACACGAUUCCCGGAGAGUAUUUUACUCCUCUUACCUCGCCCGCUAUUGAGGCCCAGAAUGCGACCUCCAAUGGUUACCCACUCCAUUCCGGCCAAAUUACCGAAAUGAGCUUCGUUCCUUCCCCCAUUGAAAAUGGUAUCCCUGUGUCAUCCGCUCCAUCUUCUCCCGGAUUGAUGCGAAAGCAUCGACGACGCCCAUCGGCGACGAACAAGACCUUUUCGGCCCGGGCCAAGAAACAACAGUCACCUUCAGUCCGUCCGCAAACUCGGACCAGGUCUCGUCUCAAUCUGAACUCGGAUGAGGUUCUGAAUGGCCUGCAGGAUCAGGGCAGUGCUCCUUCACGCCCCCUGAAUAGCAGUGGAUUGCGAUAUGGAAGCCACGAAAGCUCCGGCCAGGAUUCCGUGUCGCCCGAACCACUUUCCGAACCGUUGAUGCCCCCGCCAGCGCUCCCAUCUUCCCGAAAGUCGCCUGCAAUUAUACCUCAGAUGAAUCAGCAGUCGCUUACCAGUGAACCUGCGACGCCUGCUAUGUUGAUGCGCAUCCAGCGUUCGCCGCAUACCCGUGUCCCCACUGACCCAUCUAUGACUCCCAGUCAACCUGCCAUGCAUGAACCCCACGACGAUAUUAUGGAGGAUGUGGUCCUUCCUGAGGCUGCCACGCCCUCAACGCAACUCUUCCGCCCUCAGAUAAAUCGCAUCGAUACGUCCAUGGCAAGCAUCUCCUCUCCAAGCAUAGUCCCCCAUGCCGACCCGAAAUCCGCCCCUCUCCCUGGUUCUUUUGCCCCCAGCCCGCGCGCGGUUCCUAUGCUAUCGCCCAGCGGGGCCGUGCCAUCACGGAAGUCUGAUACCCCGAAGCUGGGUCCUAUGGGCAGGAAACGACAGAGCCUAAGCUCCUCGCAUCCUAGCCCGAGCUUACGCCCCAAGAUCAGUCCCAAUAUACAGCCCUUGGUGCGCGGCGAUGGACUGUCAGGAGAAACAUCUGCUCUAUAUCUAGCCUCGAAAUCUAACUACCAACACAUCUUGGAUGGCACGCUUCUUCCGGGUGUUUCCUACCCCGAGACCCUGGCCGAAAAUCUAAGUUCGAAGAGAACAAAUCACAAGCUUGCAGAGCAGGGCCGACGAAACCGUAUCAAUAACGCUCUGAAAGAAAUCGAGGCCCUGAUUCCGCCAGCCUUUGUACAGAUGAAAAACAAUAAAGACUCUUCUUCGCCCUGCAACGGAAAACCCGGUGAUAAGGAAAAGGAGAAGUCGGGAAAUCAACCGAUCAGCAAAGCGAGCACCGUGGAGAUGGCCAUUGAUUAUAUCAAAUCCCUCAAAUGGGAACUGGAAGAAACCAAGACGAAGCUUGCAGCUGCCGAAGCUAGAUUACCUAAUGACGACGACAAACCCGCGGUAAUAAAAGAGCAAACAAAUUCUGUUGAACCCGAGAUAGUUAACAAUAUCUCUGCGAAACCCGAGUCAGUCUCUGCCACUUAA